CGGAGUGUGGUUGUGUGUGUGUGUCUGUGUGCGAGUUGGAAUGAGGAGCUCAGUGAAGUCAGAGCGCGACAUCAUGUAGACGGACACACACCGUGUUGUGUUACAUACCCUCACAUGUGUGUUUGUCAUCUGGUUGUUAUCCUUCACUCCGGGAAACUGGUUGUUCCUUCGUCGUCGCCAUCAUGUUCCUGCGCGGCUCCAAGAAGCGACGCUCCAGCCGCUCGCAGGAGGAAGAGGACCCGGACAGAGGUCAGCCCUGUAUGCGCUGUGGAGACCAGUGCCCCGGCUUCCGUGUCCAUGGCUGGAGGAAAAUCUGCGUGCACUGCAAGUGUGUGCGAGAGGAGCAUGCCGUGCGCUCCAUGCCGGGCCAGCUGGAGAAGAUGAUGACCAAGCUGGUAUCGGACUUCCAGAGACACUCCAUCUCUGAUGACGACUCGGGCUGCGCCUCCGAGGAGUAUUCAUGGGUCCCACCAGGGCUCAAGCCCGAACAGGUUUACCAGUACUUCAGCUGCUUGCCAGAGGACAGGGUGCCUUAUGUGAACAGUCCGGGGGAGAGAUACCGGAUCAAGCAACUGCUGCACCAGCUGCCGGCUCAUGACAGUGAGCCGCAGUACUGUAACACUCUGGAGGAGGAGGAGAAGAAGGAGCUGCGUCUGUUCAGCCAACAGAGGAAAAGAGAAAACCUGGGCCGAGGCGUCGUCAGACUCUUCCCAGUAACUAUGAUGGGAGCCAAAUGUCAACAGUGUGGCAGGCAGAUCUGCGGUGGAGACAUAGCGGUGUUUGCCAAUCGGGCCGGACACGGCGGCUGCUGGCACCCUCAGUGUUUCCAGUGUUCCUCGUGCACCGAGCUGCUGGUGGAUCUGAUCUACUUCUACCAGGAAGGACAGAUCUACUGCGGCCGGCACCACGCCGAGAGGCUGAAGCCCCGCUGCCAGGCCUGUGACGAGGUUAUCCUCGCGGAUGAAUGCACAGAGGCAGAAGGACGAUAUUGGCACAUGAAGCACUUCUGUUGCUUCGAGUGCGAGGCGGCGCUCGGUGGCCAGCGUUACAUCAUGAAGGAGAGUCGACCGUACUGCUGCUCCUGCUACCAGGCCAUGUACGCGGAGUACUGUGAUACCUGCGGAGAGCACAUAGGUAUCGACCAGGGUCAGAUGACGUACGAGGGUCAGCACUGGCACGCUGUGGAGUCGUGUUUCUGCUGCGCCCGCUGCCGGCUGCCUCUCCUGGGACGGCCCUUCCUCCCCCGAGCGGGGCUCAUCUUCUGCUCCAGGCCCUGCUCGCUGGGCGAAGACCCCGAUAACUCCGACUCCUGCGACUCAGCGCUGCAGAGCAGAACCCCUCAGCACGGCCGGCACAGCGGGACGCCAGAGAAACACAAGCGGCAGCAAUGUGGUUCCCCACUGAAGCCACCAGAGGGCGUCACUAUAACCGCAAAGGACUGCAUUCACACUGCAGUGGAAGACAGGGGCGUCCACUCUGCUCCAGUUCCAAACGGACUUCCUGCUCCCGGUGGUCAGCCUCAUCCCAGAGGCUCCUAUUCUCCUCUUCCCCACAUUCAUCUAGGAAAUGGUCUGGGUCCAUCUUGGCCCAGCGACCUCCCUCACUACAGUUUACUGCCGGACAACUGUGGUGUCAGACCUCCAGUCAGCGUUCUGCAGCAGAAUGAAAACACUGGACUAACUGGUCUGAACUCUAGAGGAACCUCCACCGCUAAAGACUGUAGAAACUGGGUGGAGAGGACCAAUCAAGUGAUGCAAGCGUUUCCCCCCCACAAAAACCCCCUCGUGAACCCCCUGGUUCCGCCCGAUUCGUCUCCCCUCGCUCUCAGCAACUCGUCCGUCCUCCCUCCUCCUCUUCCCGUCAAGACUCGUGACCUGAUCCCCAGCGAGUCGCACCCGCCCGACCUCCGGCUUCUAGAGGACGGACCCGCGGAUCCUGCCCCCCCGCUGGCUCGCAGCGGCACAGCUAGAGUCAGCUUCAGAGAACCAAUCAGCAGCAGCUACUCUGUGGACGCGGAGGAGGAGGACGAGGAGGAGAAUGAGGAGGAGCUGCGGGAGGGCGAGGACGUCCAGCAGGUGGAGGAGGAGGUGGAGGGAGGUUUUGGAAGCAGGUUGAAUCUGCAGAAAGGUGUCCCGCCGCAGAUGGACCUACUGGACGGAUCCUCGUACCAACAGCGGAAUCUGAGGCGAGGCUGGAAUCGCUGCCGUGUCCCGUCGGACCCGAGUCUCCACCCGGGCUCAGAGAGGCGAACCCGACACUCGCGGACCGAGCGGCCUCAGCUGGACGAGCUGGACUGGAGAGGCGAGAAAGACACGGACAGCCGGGGCUGCUCCAAAGUUUCCUCUCUGAGCCUCCAGCCGGGCCAAUACAAGCACGAGGACUCCUGCUCCACGUGUUCCUCGUCCUCGGACUCGGAGGAGGAAGGCUUCUUCCUCGGACAGCCGAUCCCUCUGCCCCCGCAGCUCAGGAAACAGCAGCCCGACGAGGGCGAGGACCCGGAGGGGGGGCAGGAGAGGGAGGUGCAGAGAGACUCGGGGCUGAGGGGAAGCUUCAGGCGGAGACGAGCUCACAGUCUCAGUGCAAAGGACAAAGAUAAAAACUGUGCUAUUUCUUAACCACAGAGAGCAACACCGACACACAGCCUCUUAUUUGCUGACUGGUGCUGCUCAAGAGGAACUCACCGCCUUUCAUUAUUCUGGUAUACAAGUUGUGUGAUGGUGUUGAAUACAAAACUCUACAGACUGUUCCCACAGGUGAACCACGGCCACUGAUUCUCCUGAGAAGAAGGUAGAAAAGUGAGCUACAUCCACAUUAACAUGUUUUCAUUUAAAAACACAUCAGUGCUGCUUCGUUUACACCUGAAGUCCACACUACUCCACUUGUCGAGCGUCUGGGAACUUAACUUCGGAAACACUGCUGGGCCCAUUUUGGUUAGAAAAAGUCCAAGCUGCCUUUUAGUGUGAAAGUUUGGAGAAAAUGACAGUGAAACGCACAAAACACCGUCUAACACUAAAGAUGAAGAACAAAAAUAACUGGUCAGACAGCGAGGUGAGAGGCCAAAUUCUCCACUGGCAAUGUGAGAGGAGUCGAGCACCUUCAUUUAUCGAGUUUACCCGAGUGUAUGUGAAUGGUCAUGUGAUGUGUGUUCUUAUGGAUGUAGAUUACGUCUGAUUUAAAUAUAAAACACUUGUUUGGAUGGAGAUGGUUUAUCCAUUAUUUUUAAAAUGUCUUUUAAAAACUUAAAUGAUCUCCGCCAGUGUUUUAAAUCUGUAUCAAAGGCCGUAAAACACAAUUUAAAAAUGAAAACGUAUUCGUAGGGCUGCAGCCUAAACCUCAGAAAGUCCGACCCUGACUUCUCACUGUUCAAUGGCACAUGGUUUAUGAAUCACGUUAGCGCUGAUGGAAGAUAAAUGAUCAUUGAUAAUGAUUUUAAUAAAAAACACUCAGACCGGUCACAGUUAAAUCUCACUGCUCGUUAUCGUCGCCAUCAUUUAAGAAUGCAAACCUCAAGAAGAACCAGGAACUGACGGCACAUUCCAACACUAUUACAAAUACAGAAUAUGUUAUUAUAACUCUGCUGUUUCCAUUCUCUGUGCUCUUAUGUGCAAUUGUAUAUGAGUGUAAUAUAUAACAGUUAAGUAAAAUAAAUGGCCAAAUAGUAUGUGGAGGAAGAUUACUUCAGCAAACUGUGGUAGUUUUAUACGAUCUAAACAGUGAAGCACAUUUAUCACGUCUCUAAUCAUGUACGGCUGGAAGGUCAUUUAUUUUUCUAUAGAGGAACUUGGUGUAGGUCACUGAUCCGUCUUGUUUUAUAACAGACGACGAUUGAAUGUGAGAAAAACUUGUGGCGACAUUAAAUGUGUCUAAAUUGUUGGUGUAAA